GCGACUCGCCCUGCCCUGAACAACGUCACAAAGCGCGUUACCGGACGCGUCGCGUCUUGCAUCGUGUGCCUGUCUCGCCGAGGUUACUUACCCAGAGCGAUCCACAAUGCCUGUCGCAGGCCCUUCAAGACGUAACAGACGCGAUGCGUCUGAGGACGGUAUCGAGGAGGCCAUGCCUACACAGGGUACAGACGAUGUAGUGAACGAUGACGAAGAAGAGCAGUCACGGCGCGGCGCGAAAGUCAAAAAGGAGAAGAGCAAGGGGAGUCGCAAGACCGCUCAGGCGGUAGAGGCAGAGGACAACGACGACGACGACGCAGAUGCAGACCCACUUGCGGACUUCGGCGACCAGCCAAUCGACAGGGCACAGGCGCAGAAGAUCCAUGGAUUCUCGCAGGACUGGGACAUGAUGCGCAAAACGAAGCACGUCCAGAUGUAUGGGCUGGUCAAGGAUGCUGCGACUGCGUUCGCAGAGUUUGCGGAACCAGACCCGGCGUCGAAGCUCUUGAUAGAGAUGGACACUCUCAUGCGCGACCUCAUGGAUACGGAGACAGAAAUGCUGUAUCACAACAAAAUAUUGCACGACCUGCACCAACAGAUAGUGCGCGGGGAAGAAAUCUCGAACAUCGCAGAUAGAUAUGACGACGAGAUCCGGACGAAGGUAGCUGAGUACAAGAAGGGCACAAGUCGCCAAAAGUACGGAAAGUCGGAUCAAUAUGCAUCAUAUAAACAGGCUGUUUUUGAAGUGGAGAAUCCUGGAGUGGGCAUGCCGCCUAUGGCAGAUUUGAUUCCUCGAGAGGAUGGAGACGAGAGCGAUGAUGAUGAUGACGAUGUUCAAGUCGGGGGUGUUACGCAAGAUUACAAGUGUCCAUUGACGCUGACGAUCCUGGUCGAGCCGCUCACCUCGAAAACAUGCGGACACUCAUACUCCGCAGCGUCCAUCAGGGAAUACAUAGGCGUCCGAGGCGGCCGCCAGCAAUGCCCCGCUGCAGGGUGCCACAAGAGUAUCUCUCUAGGCGACCUCGAGCCGAACAAGGAACUCGCGAAGAAGGCGAAGGACGCGGCGCGGCGCGAGCGCAUGCGCGAAGAAGACAGCGACGAGGGCGAAGUUAUCGAGUGAUCUGUGCAUCUGCGCUUCUCGCUUCAUCGCGAGGUGUUUUACGUGUAUGGUAAUCUGUCUGAGAUAAUGUACCUUACUUGCUUUUGCUCGGUGUAUUGAGUUUUCCCCCGAGGUACGAGGCUGGACAUCUGAUGAUGAAGCCGAUGCUGCAGUGGUCGACGCAGUGCACGAACCCCUUCAGACACGACAGCAGGAUAUGAACCGCUGCUAUAGCCACGAACUGAGGAGAGGUGCGUUGGUUCUUUGUUCUCUUGCGAAGAACUUCAAGAAGCUCUGUCCCCUGGCAGGGACACUGGCAGUUACAUCGCUCGGGUCCGGUCGCGAGGCAACGGC